AGUCUUAGCAGAGACAGGCGCCUGGAAUCCUGCUCCAUGCAGAAGCUUCACUUCCAAGCAGCCGGCCCAGGACUGAAGCUACAGUGAGGACCCUGUGGCUCAAGUCUGUUCUGGGCGCCACCCGCGCUCUAGGCCUAAGGCACCCGGGGUGGUCUCCGGAAGUCAGACACCCCCGGAGGCCUCCAGGUCAGCUCACCAACACUUUUAAAAGUCUCUCCUGGGAAAAGCAAAGCGCGCCCCGGGUUCCCGGGUUCAGGCCGUAGCAGGUGGCCCAAAGCGCCUUCCGCCAGGCCGCGGUCCAGGCUGGGGAGGACCGGACGGGAGUGCGGGGCGGGGCCUGGCUCCAAAGUCCCCAAGUCGGGGACGUCACGGUCCCAGGUGCGUGUGCGACGGGGGCGGGAGUCCCCUGGGCGCCUCCCUCCUGCGCACCUCCCCACCUUGCCCCCGCAGCUCUGGAGGGCCCGGCUCCAUUUUCUAGCUCAGGCCACACCUGGGGCCGCACCUGCGGGCAGGACAGCGGGGUUGCCCUCGGGGAGGAGGCCCUGGGGCUGAGCAGGAAGGGUGGGGCGGAGGGCGCGUUCGCUGGACGCCCGGGAGCCGUGGACUCGGAGCGGGGCGAGUGGGUGCGAUGGCGCGGAGCACUUCGGGGGCCCUGCUGGUCCUGAUUGGCUUUACCUUUGGAUACGGACUCCAUUUUGAGGUGUUGAACUCAAGAAGGGAAAAUCAGUUGCUUCCUAAGCAUACUCACUUAGUGCGGCAGAAGCGUGCCUGGAUCACCUCCCCUGUGAAUCUUCGGGAGGGAGAGGAUCUAUCCAAAAAUAAUCCUAUUGCCAAGAUACAUUCUGAUAUUGCUGAAGAAAGAGGACUAAAAAUUACAUACAAGUACACUGGAAAAGGAAUUACAGAGCCACCCUUUGGUAUAUUUGUCUUUAAUAAAGAUACAGGAGAUUUGAACAUUACCAAGGUUCUUGAUCGAGAAGAAACACCAUCUUUUCUGCUCAUUGGUCAUGCUUUGGAUGAAAGUGGAAAUGACGUGGAGAGACCACUAGAACUCCGCAUCAAGGUUCUUGAUAUUAAUGACAAUGAGCCUGUGUUCACACAGGAUGUCUUUGUUGGAUCUGUUGAAGAGUUGAGUGCAGCACAUACUCUUGUGAUGAAAAUCAAUGCAACUGAUGCAGAUGAGCCCAAUACUCGGAAUUCUAAGAUUUCCUACAGAAUCAUAUCUCAGCAGCCUGCUUCAUCAUUCCACUUAAAUAAAGACACGGGCGAAAUUUAUACAACCAGUAACACCUUGGACAGAGAGGAGUAUAGCAGCUACACUUUGACGGUCGAUGUAAGAAAUGAGAAUGUGCAAAUAACAGAUCGGCCUGCAAAACAAGCUCAAGUUCAGAUUCGUAUUUUGGAUGUCAAUGACAAUAUACCUGUAGUCCAAAAUGAAGUGCUUGAAGGGUUAGUUGAAGAAAAUCAAGUCAAUGUAGAAGUCAUGCGCAUAAAAGUGUUUGAUAAGGAUGAAGUAGGUUCUGAUAAUUGGUUAGCAAAUUUUACAUUUGCAUCAGGAAAUGAAGGGGGUUAUUUCCACAUAGAAACUGAUGCACGAACCAAUGAAGGAAUCGUGACCCUUAUUAAGGAAGUAGAUUAUGAAGAAAUGAAGCAUCUCGAUUUCAGCAUUUUUGUCACUAAUAAAGCAGCUUUUCACAAAUCAAUUCAGAAUAAAUUUAAGCCUACACCUAUUCCCAUCAAAGUAAAGGUGAAAAAUGUGAAGGAAGGCAUUCAUUUUAGAAGCCAGACCAUCUCGGUUCAAGUUAGCGAGAGCAUGAACAAAUCAAGCCUAACUCAAGUAAUUGGGAAAUUUCAAGCUUUUGAUGAAGACACAGGACAGCUGGCACGUGUGAAAUAUUCCAAAUUGGAAGACACAGGCAAUUGGAUCUCAAUAGAUUCUGCCACAUCUGAAAUCAGACUUGUAAAAAUUCCUGAUUUUGAAUCCACUUAUGUCCAAAAUGGUACAUAUACUGUAAAGAUUUUAGCUAUCUCAGAAGAUUAUCCUAGAAAAACUAUCACUGGCACCAUUGCUAUCAAUGUGGAAGACAUAAAUGACAACUGCCCCACACUGGUCAACCCUGUGCAUAACAUUUGUGAUGACGUGCAGUUUGUGAACGUGACUGCAGAGGACCUGGAUGGGCCUAAAUACAGUGGACCCUUCAGUUUCUCCAUCAUUGACAAGCCACCAGGAACAGGAGAAAAAUGGAAAAUAGUACGCCAUGAAAGUACUAGUGUGUUACUUCAACAAAAGGAACUAAAGAUUGGCAGAAGUGAGAUCCCUUUCCUGAUUUCCGACAGCCAAGGCUUCAGUUGCCCUGAAAAGCAGAUUCUUACACUCACAGUUUGUAAGUGUCUGGAUAGCAGUGGUUGUGUGGGAGCACUGCGUGACUCCUACGUGGGCCUAGGACCUGCAGCGAUUGCCAUCAUGAUUUUUGCGUUUCUGCUGUUGCUACUUAUUCCACUCUUACUGCUGAUGUGUCCCUGUGGGAAGGGCACCAAGGGCUUUGCCCCCAUUCCUGGCACUAUUGAGAUGCUGCAUCCCUGGAACAACGAAGGGGCACCGCCAGAAGACAAGGCUGUGCCAUCGAUGCUGGUAGCAGAUCACAGAGAGAGUCUCGCCAUAGGCAAUGGAAUUGGAGGCAUGCUGAGCAAGGACACCACCGUGAAAGGAAGCAGUUCUGCUUCCUAUACCAAGGGGCAGCACGAAAUGUCAGAGAUGGACGGAAGAUGGGAGGAACACAGGAAUCUUCUGACUGGUGGGGCUGCCCACUUUGCAGGAACAGCAGGAGCCAUCAGCGCCACUGAAAACACAAGGAGCGCCAGAGUCCCCGGGUCUUCCAGAGACAUCAUUGGAAGCGGAGCAGCUGCUGCCGCAGUGAGCGAAGAAUACUUAAGAAGUUACGUCACUGAGAAAGCAGCCUCCUACUCUGAGAAGGAUGACAUUCACACAGCCAGAGACUGCCUUCUGGUUUAUUCUCAGGAAGAAACUGCAUCUCUACAUGGUUCCAUUGGCUGUUGCAGCUUUAUUGAAGGGGAGCAAGACGAUCACUUCUUAGAUGAUUUGGGAUUUAAAUUCAAGACACUAGCUGAAGUUUGUCUGGGUCAGAAAAUAGAUACAGAUAUGGAAACUGAGCCAAAACCAUUGAGAGAAAUGGGUGCGAAAGCAGCUUCUCAUUCACUCUCUGAGCAGUGGAAGAUUAAUUCCGAGAAUGUCUACGCUUCCAGUGGGAGGGUUCAAGUUCCAAAACCUUCACACGAAAUCAACUCAGAGCAAAUAACCCAGGAGAUAGUCACUGAGAGGUCUGUGUCUUCUAGUCAGCGUCAAAAUGUUUCUCCAUCUCUUCCUGACCCACUGGUUCCUGGUAAUGUUAUAGUGACAGAAACUUCCUAUGCCACAGGCUCCACUCUGCCCCGAGGUGCUGUGAUCCUGGGCCCGAGACAGCCCUCCAGCCUAAUUGUGACGGAGCGGGUAUAUGCUCCAGCUUCUACCUUGGUAGAUCAACAUUAUGCCAGUGAAGGGAAUGUCACGGUAACCGAGAGAGUGAUACAACCUAAUGGGAAUGUAACCAUUCCUCUGGAAAGCACUCAGCUUCUGCCAGAUGGAGAGUAUGUUAUGGUGAGGGAAAGAGAGAGCUUACUUGCCCCCACACCAAGUGGGCAGUUGACUCUGGCCAUACCCAGUCCAGCAAUAAGGAAGAACGUAACAGUGACCGAAAGGGCCCCCUUUCCACUUGCUCAAUCCAGUUACCAGAUCCCAGCUGAAAGCUCAGUGAGGAUCAGAAAGACCAUGGUUUCUGGGACUGGAGUCCCUGACACUCUGCCAAGCUUGGAUUUAGAAGACUCAGGUCAUUCUCAUGCUACUGUAACCACAUCUUCAACCAGAGUCUCCAAGCAUAGUACUGUCCAGAGAGCCUUCUCCUAAACGAUAGUCAGCACAACCUGAGGCAACUGGUUGUGUUUUAAGGGGAAUUUGCCAUGUCCUGAGCCUUACAGACUAAAGAUGCACAUGGCAUUCAGCUUAAACUUGUCUCAGUCACUCAGUGCAAAGGACCUCCCUGUCUCAAAUUCCAGGAACAUACUUUGGAAAUGCUGCCUGGUUAUAAAAUGAUGACUCGACUGUUUUAUAUGCAUUUCAGUAAUUUAUGGUCAGGCAACAUUCCCAGAGCAGAUUAAAUAGAAGGGACUAGGCCUACUGUGAAGUUACUAAUUUAACAGAAUAUCAUUUCAGCAGUGAUACAGCAGAGCCACUCACAAAACCAACGGGCCCUCUUUGACGUUUAUAAUCACUGUUCUGUAACUGGGACUUGACCGCACCUCACAGGUUACUAGCUCACUACUCAUUUCUCUAAAGACAAACUCAUAGUCUUGGUUACUAGUUCUGUUUGUUUUUCCUUAACUCUAGAAGCUUUUUGAUCUCCACCAAACUGUUUAGUUUUUGAAACAGCAUGGUGCACACACACAUUAUAUGCUUUUGUAAUGUGUAGUUUCUGCUUACGAUUUACAGUGUCAUCCCUUUGUCUCUGCAGUCAUGAGAACAAGUGAAGACCUCAUAGUUAGCUGAUUGAUCCAGGAAAAAAUCCAUAAAUAUAAAAUCAUUUUACUUUAUUUUUUAAUAGUAGUGAUAAACUACUAUCAAUUAAAAUUUUAAAAAAUGCCUGGGGCCAGGUGGUGGCGCACCUGGUUGAGGACACAUGUUACAAUGCACAAGGACCCAGGUUCAAGCCCCCAGUCCCCACCUGCAGAGGGAAAGCUUUGAGAAUGGUGAAGCAGGGCUGCAGGAUGAGAGACCUCUGUCUCUCAUCCUCUCUAUCUCCCCCUUCCCUCUCCAUAUUAAAAUAAAAACUAUUGUCCAUUGUCUUCUAACUUACUACAACUAAAUUAACCACUGUGGUAAGAGUCAGACCUAUUUCACUGUUUUAUAGUUUCAGUGCCUAACAUGACUGCCAAAUAAAAAUAAGUACUUUCAGAACUAAACUGAAUUUAAAAGCCAUUCUCAAAGUCUUAAAUCAUUGACCAAUAGGACUUACUGCUUGAGCAGUAACUACAUAACUAAUUUGAAUGUAUGCAUUAUUCAUACCUUUCCUCUUGAAAAGUUAUUUGGAAGUUUUUGCUCCUAAAUAGAUUAUGUGUUUGCUGCUUCUUAAAACCUCUAAGCAUUGUUGCAUUUAAAGUUUCAAAAGUGCAUAUGCCUGUCAAUAAUAAUAUAUGUUCUCCACAUCAAAGUUGUUUUCAUAAAGUUUAAAGAUGAUGUAAUUUUAUGAUUUUUCAAAUGGUUUUGCUAUAGGAAAGAAUCUUUAAAAAUUCUAUUUUUAGCUCCAGGGCAGUGACCUGGGAGAUAGGAGGUGAGCCUUGAAACCUCAAGUUCAAUCCCCAGCAGUGCCUGGCCAGCACACUCUCUCUUCUUCUCAUACAGUCAAUAAAUAAAUAAAUAAAUAAAUAAAUCUCUUUUUUAAAAAUGUAAUUUGAAUGCAUUGUUAUUUCAAAUAAAUUAUAUUUUUGUAUCACAUUUUUAGAAACAUGGUUGAUUUGAAUUGUUAUGCAAAAGAGUUACACUUCUUGUUCCCACAGACUGUGUGCUUAGAAAGCAAGUAUUUUCAGACAUUGUAAGUCUGGCCAAGAUGAAGGCCACCUUUCCGUCAUCUUUGGUUUUUACUCUCUACUUAGUAAUGACUGUUCCUUUUUUCAUUAUAAAUUGAAUAGUUAAUAUUUUACCAAAUGAGCACCAAAUAUUGCUACUGUGUGAAAAUGUAAAUAUGACGUCUAAACUCAUACAAAGCCUGGUACUAAACUUUCUCUUUGAGCAGACCUGUAUAUAAUGUAAUCACAUUUUCUAAAAUAUUUCCAUUGUGCUUUUGAAAGGCUGAUUUGUACUUGUUUUUCCUUCUUUUCAUGCAAGAUUAUAUUUGUGUAACAUCCUAAAAUAUUUAAAUAAAAAGAUGGCCUUAGUGCAAUUCUC